AUGGUCGUGAUCCCGACUGCUAGCCACGUCCAGCUGCUUGAUCUCCUCCGCUUCCUGGUUCUGGUUGUCCACAGUGACCCGUUCAACUCCUUCAACAACUCGUCGCACGACUCGUACGACUUGCGGAUCGGAAUCAGCGGCUCCAGAACCUCUUUGGAAAUCAUAGUUGUUGCGUUCAUCUCUGGCCGUAACGACGGCGAGCUUGGAGCAGCCUCGGCCUGGAACCGCAGAGACAGAAUCUCCUGUAGUCGUUCCUGCGAGUCUACGCCAAAAUCGUCCAUUGGGAUGCUCAGCUUGUCCUUCUGGUACAACUGGAGCCGCUCCAGCACGUCCUCGGACGUUAGACCAGGGUCCAAGAUCUGGCCGUCUAUGCGCUCCACGGUCUUGUCCACCAUGUCCAGCUUGAAGUCAGUGAUGCGGCCCUCGCUGUACAGUCUAAGAAGCAACAUCUCGACGUCGUCUGGGCCAACUUCAAGUUUAUCCUGA